AAGACUUGUCAUCUCAAGGAGGUGCUAGUCAAGAUGAUGCCUUACCUGUGGAACAAUCUGAUUCUCUGAUGCUUAAAGGCGACCAUGAUAAAAAAAAAAAAAGUGAAGAGACAUUUCCCAACUCCACUGGUUGAGCAUGUUGGAUCAUAUUCUCUUAGAGGACUGCAAGUAUCAAGCCAGUACAUGAGGAAUAGUAGAAGACAGAGAGAUUGUCGCCCUGACAUAGAGACUUUGACACCUGGCUUCCUUUCAGUGUACAGGUCUUUGAUACCAGCAGAUGAUGAAAAAGAUAAACAAAAUCAAAUAUUGAAAUCACUAGAAAAAUCAAUCAACAAAGAGUGGCCCAAUGCCAGGUUGCAUCUCUAUGGAUCCUGUGCUAAUUCUUUUGGGUUCUCAAACAGUGAUAUCGAUAUUUGCCUUGCAAUUGAUGAUAACACUAUCAGGAAGCAUGAUAUGGUGUUAAAACUGGCAGAUAUUUUACGGUCAGAAAAUUUUCAAGAUGUAGAGGCCAUCACCAAUGCUCAGGUUCCUAUUGUAAAGAUGAGAGAUCCACAAACAGGGAUCUCUUGUGAUAUAUGUAUCAACAAUCUUUUAGUUGUCGCCAAUACAAAACUUCUUAGAGAUUAUGCUCGGAUAGAUGAUAGGUUGCACCAAUUGGCCUUUAUUGUGAAACACUGGGCAAGAUUGAGGGAGGUGAACAAGACUUACGGAGGCACCCUGUCUAGUUAUGCGUAUGUGCUUAUGUGCAUUCAUUUCUUACAGCUGUGCAAACCAGCCAUUCUUCCUUGUUUACAGGAAAUUGAAGCAACUUAUGUGUUGACUGUGGAAGAUACUGAAUGUGCUUACUUUGAUCAAGUUGAGAGACUCCAGGGUUUUGGUGCUCAAAAUGAGGAAAGUAUUGCACAAUUAGUUUGGGGUUUCUUCCAAUACUGGGCCUACUAUCACAAUUAUAAAAGUGAUGUGAUAUCCAUACGCACGGCGACCAUCAUCAGCAAGCAAAUGAAGGACUGGACUCGACCAGUUGGGAAUGACUGUCAUCUGUUAUGCAUCGAGGAUCCUUUCGAGACCUACCAUGAUCUUGCUCAUGUAGUUGACAGGCGCAGCGUUAAAAUUAUGAGGGAGGAAUUUGAGAUGGCUGCGCGGAUACUACUGUAUGAUCCAAACCUCUGCUUGACUCUUUUUGAGCCGUAUGAACCAAGUUUGAAGCAAAAUUGACUAUGCUUUGAACUGCCUCGGAAGAGAUUUGACCUCUGGAAUCUCUUUCCGUGUUUUCUCCCCUUGUGGUUGGGAGGAGCAAUUUGAUAAGCAGCAUAAAACGUGCUUCCAAUUUGAUACAAAGGUAAAUCAUUACAUUGAAAGUCUCAA